CCGCAACAUGGUAAUGCAUCAUCAUCAUGUUGCGAGAUUUGCCCGAGGAGAUUUUGAUCCUUGUAUUUGAUUUGCUGAUUGAGAGAGGAAACCCUAUAAUAGACCAGCUCGAUAAUUUGAAGCAUAUCUCUAACGCCCGCCUAGUUUGCCGAUUAUGGAACACCCUAGCCACGGAGCAUAUGUUCAAAACUGUGAGACUGAUGUUUACCGAUGGAGAAUACAAAGCCUGGAACGAGAUGCUUGACAGCGAAGUCAUCAAGCAGACUGCCAGAGGUGUUUAUAUUCAUCCUGCGUCGGCCGAUGAUCAUCCCGAUGACAUCUGGAACGCAUAUUCAGAAUGCCAUUAUGACAACCUCAUCCGUGCGAUCAGCCGAAUUACUGAGCUCGACCACAUUACGGCGCUACAUUUACGGUUUUCCAGACACUGUGUUGGAGCUAAUUAUCAGUCCUUACGUGACGAGGUUGUCGAAGAUAUCAGGAAACGCCAGGAAAUCCUGGAAGCCGUCUUCCAGGCGAUCCAGAGGCGCUCAAAUGGUAGCAAUGGCGAAAGUCCUAUCCGCUCAUUGACAAUCCAAAACCUCCAGAAUGCCCCUUUUUCACAGUUCACUCGCUCCGAGCUCUUCCAGGACGUCACUAGGGACAUUGAUGCUCUGCAUCUUAUGGUAGCUGACGAGCUUGACGAAGAUGGAUCCGUUGAAGACAUGGACGGUAUUGAACGCCGAACCUUUGAGUCGUUCCUGCAUCACCAGUGGCUGGUCCCUCUAUCCAAUCACCUGGUCAGCCUGACACUCUCGUUCCGGUCUCCUUGGGGAACUAUACCUGGCUAUUUCGACGGGAGAGGUCUCCACUUCCCAAGACUUAGGACGCUUACUCUUGGCAACUUUGUUAUCGGGCAUCAUGAUCAGUUUGACUGGAUCUUGAACCAGUCCUCGCUCGUGUCGCUCUGUCUAGACAAUUGUUCGAUUUUGUCAUACAUGACAACGUUCGGAGAAAGCCUUGAGGAAUUGCACGUCCAGGCGCAUGACUGGGUUCAGUAUCCUUCGAGCUCCUUUGGCAUUGAUGACAACGUCGCGAUAUAUGGCUUCUCUGGGACAUGGGAGGUUGUUUUUGACAACAUUCGUACUAGCCUGCGCGAGCUCCGUACAUUCCGCUUCCAUUAUUACCGUGACUCUGAAUUCCCAGUGGUCCCGGAGAUGCAAUCUUCCUACUUAGACAACACACGAUACGCCCUGUAUGGUUAUUACGGCUGGAAUCAUGCGGAUGGAAGGAAGGAUCUGGUAGUCAGCUGUUGUCAGUCUAUACAUCCUGAUGCUGUUAAUCGAUCCGAAGAGACAGAGGAGGGAGACGGCCGAGCGUUGGAAGCCCUUGUUCAGGAAGUUAGAAAGCGGGUAGAUUAAGGCGCGGUGCAUUUGAGUCUCUGCGCGGCUCGUGGUCUAUCGGUUCAUAGAAAUAUGCAGCUUUGCUAUGGGAAGAGAACUUGC